AUGGACCCUCAACAACUCUACUCCAAGCUCCUGGGGACCGACCGGCCGCAGCAUCCGACAAUGGGACCCAGCCAGACAAAGUCGACCCAGAACGGCCUGUUUCUCAACAGCGGCUUCAGCAGCUCAACCGCCUCCCUGCCGUCGCUCAGCCGAAAAGCCUCUCUGGCCUCGAACGGUAGCGGAGUCUCGGCCUCGCUCCGUGAGUCCGGCACCAGCAAUCUCAACGGAGCAUCGUCCAAUCCCGACAACGCUGCUAGCGAGUGCCAGCGCUGCGCUCAGAAAUUCACCAUCCUGAAGCGACGACACCACUGCCGCAAGUGUGGCGACAUCUUUUGCAACGAUUGUUGUUCGAUGGCUAUGCGAUUAGACCAGGACGGCAACCACAACGAUGCCGGUGUCAUGUGCCGGGUGUGUGUCUUCUGCUACACAUCGCCUUGGCAUUCCAAAGGCGGCCAAGUCGAGUCCGUGGACGAGACCCGCGGUGAGGCCAAAAACGAAAUCAAGGAUGCCGAUAGCAACGACGAAGACGAUGAGGAGGAAUCAAGGGACGAGAUCGGCCCGAUGCCUGUCCUAAUCAAGGCCGGGAAUAUACCACAUCCCGACCCGCCGCCGUUGUCGUCCGUGCCAUCCGACUGGACAUGGUCAACGUUCUAG